AAAAACACAUAUUUCGCUGAAUCACUUCAAUCAGUCAAUCAGUGUUUAAGUGAAAAAAAAACUUUUUUAAAUCUUCAGUGUCGUUGUUGUCACUGAUCUUUGGAUCUAUUUAUUCAUUCAAUCAAACAGACAGACAGAUAGUUGUCUUUUAGUUAGUUAUUUAGAUUAUAAUAAUAAUGGAUCGCUUGUUAAGAUUGGGCGGCGGUUUAGGCAGUUUAGGACAGGGUGCCGCACCAACCGACGGCCCGGUAGUGGACACCGCCGAACAGGUAUACAUAUCAUCGUUGGCUUUGCUGAAGAUGUUGAAACACGGACGGGCCGGCGUACCCAUGGAAGUGAUGGGCCUGAUGUUAGGCGAAUUUGUCGACGACUAUACCGUACGGGUGAUCGACGUGUUUGCUAUGCCACAGUCGGGAACGGGUGUUAGUGUAGAAGCAGUUGAUCCAGUAUUUCAGGCUAAGAUGUUGGACAUGUUGAAGCAAACUGGUCGGCCAGAGAUGGUUGUCGGUUGGUAUCAUUCGCAUCCGGGUUUCGGUUGUUGGCUAUCGGGUGUCGAUAUUAAUACACAACAAAGUUUCGAAGCCCUCAGCGAACGGGCAGUGGCCGUCGUUAUCGAUCCGAUACAGUCGGUUAAAGGCAAAGUAGUUAUCGACGCCUUUCGGCUAAUUAAUCCCAAUAUGAUGGUCUUGGGUCAGGAACCGCGUCAGACGACCAGCAAUUUAGGUCAUCUGAAUAAGCCGGCCAUUCAAGCCCUGAUACACGGCCUGAAUAGACACUACUAUUCCAUUGCCAUCAACUACCGGAAGAAUGAAUUGGAACAGAAAAUGUUAUUGAAUUUGCAUAAGAAAUCGUGGAUCGACGGCCUAAUGUUGGACAACUAUGACCAACAUUGUUCCCGUAAUGAGAAGACGGUAAUCGAUAUGUUAGAAUUGGCCAAAUCGUAUAAUAAGGCCGUCGAGGAAGAGGACAAACUAACAGCGGAACAGUUGGCCAUCAAAAAUGUUGGCAAACAAGAUCCGAAACGACACUUGGAAGAGAAUGUGGAUGUAUUGAUGACCAACAAUAUUGUCCAAUGUUUGGGUGCUAUGCUAUCGACAGUUGUAUUCAAAUAAAAUAAAUAUACAAUUGAUUUGAUUUCAUUUGAUAAUUAUUUCAUUUUUUUUUAUAUAUAUAAUAAAAU